AUGAGCAUGAUGAAGAUUGCAAUUAUAUUUUUCAUCGGCCUUGUAGCCUUUGCUAGCGCACAGAACGAAGGAGAGCCCGAUCAAUAUUUACCAGAACCGACCGAAAUCGAUCAACCCGAACCCGUAGAGAACCAAGACAAUGGUAUUUCAGAAGUAGAAGAUGUCAUGCCGAAAAAUAGUAAUAAUAGUGGAGGAUCCAGCGAAUAUUGCACCGAAUCAAAACUUUAUCGCAAUCCAGAGAAUUGCGGUACUUUUUACAAUUGUGGCGUUGGACAUGUUCCGUAUCUGAUGGAAUGUCCGGCUGGAUUAUAUUUCAAUGAAGAACUGAAAAUGAAGGUCGCAACGAUAUUAUUCAUUGGCUUUUUAGCUGUUGCCAAUGCGGCAAAUGAAAAAAAAGUUGUAUGUUACUAUGGCGAUUGGUCUGCCACGCAACUACCUCCCCAAAAUAUUGAUCCAAAUCUCUGCACGCAUAUAAUAUUCUCUUUCGUGGCACCAGAUGGGAACGGUGGAGUUAGUGCACCAAACAAAAAUAUGCUUGAUGAACUCCGCUCAUUAAAGAAUAAAAAUCCAAAUUUGAAAAUUAUGGUUGCCGUGGGUGGAGCCUCUACAUCAGGAUCUUUUUCUCCCUCCGUUAGUAGCCCUGAUGUGCUACAACGCUUCGUCGACAAUCUUUAUAAUUUGGUUAAGCAAUACGGACUCGAUGGUAUUGAUCUGGAUUGGGAGUAUCCAAGUCAAGCAGAGAAAGAAAAUUUCUCACAAUUGACCAGAAAAUUGAAAGAGCGUCUUAGUCAAGAUAAUUUAUUGCUCAGUGCUGCGGUAUAUUCAGUUAAUCUGGAACAUGGCCGUGGAUACGACAUUCCAGAAAUUUCGAAAAAUUUAGAUUUUAUCAAUCUUAUGACAUAUGAUUUGCGUGGAGCUUGGGCACCUGCUACGGAAAUUAAUGCUCCUCUCUAUGACGGAUCCAGUGAAAUCACCGUGGAUGGAUCUGUUCGAUAUUGGUUGAAAAGUGGAGCACCAGCUGAAAAACUUAUACUUGGUAUACCCUUUUAUGGUCGCGCUUUUACCACGAAUGGUCAAUCUAAAGGAGUCGGCACUCCAGCAAGUGGUCCGGGUGCUCCAGGUCCAAUUUCACAGGAAGGAGGAGUUCUCAAUUACAAUGAAAUUUGUAGCAAUAUAAAGAAUGACCAUUGGGAGGAAUUCUUCGAAGAAUCACAGAAAGUACCAUAUGCCGUGAAAGGCAACCAGUGGGUUGGUUACGACAACCCAAGAUCUAUUAAUGAAAAAGUCAACUAUGCCCAAAAAAAUGGACUCGGAGGAAUGAUGGUCUGGGCUAUUCAUCAGGAUGACGUUCAAGGUGUUUGCGGAGAAAAAAAUGCUCUGCUCAAAGCUGUAAAUAACAUACAUGGAUCUUCGGGAGGUGGAGUUUCUCCUCCUGGCCAGCAACCAGUAAUUGAUAAUAAUAUUAGACCACCGCAAGGGGGUAAUCAAAACCCGCCAAAUGCGAUACCUCAAGACAAUAACAACUACAACAACAAUGAAGUGAGGCCAAACGAUGUAGGGUACAAUCAAAAUUACGAAGCGAGCCCAAACUACAACCUUGGAAAUCCAGGACAGCCGUCUAAUCAAAACAAUAUAGCAUCCCCUGAUCAAAAUAACGUAGCACCCCCCAAUCAAAACAAUGCAGCACCUCCUAAUCAAAACAACGGAGUAUUCAAACGAAUGCCCGCUCAAAAUAACGGAAACAGUCCGAGUUCGAACGUCUGCGUGCAGGAAGGACUGGUUCGCGAUCCAGCCAGCUGCGGCACUUAUUACCAGUGCGUGUCCAACGGAAGCGGUGGCUUCGUGUCUUAUAAAAUGAACUGCGCUCCUGGUACACUUUUCGAUGCCAGCAUUCAAGGAUGCAAUUGGGCACAAUCGGUGCAAUGCUAAAGAAGACAUAGACAAGGUGAUAA